UUUACCGUUUGUCAUUCUUCUUCCGCCUUGACAUACGCACAAUAUGUUCUCCUUCGGUCCCCAAACACCAAAAAUCACCCUUGAAGAGGCUAUCGAGAACCGCGUAAAGGUGCGACAAAGCUUCACCAAGUUCCUGACUGUGGUGGCUGCUAUCCGCAUCGCACCAUUUUUGGUGGAAUACGCGAAGGAACUCUUGUGAACAAAUGUAGGGAUAGACGAAUAGACCGACAGUGGGCUCUUCGGGGCUCGUAUGAGAAGCUCUUCUACAAAACCAGUCAUUUGAAACCCUAACCAUAUCGCCCUACUGUGUGCUAUAUCUUCUCCGAGCGAAGCCAUUGCCCAACUCGUAACGAUAUCGCACGUUGUGUCUUGUAACUAAUUAAGUGAUUGGAAAUAAAAGGGGGCUCUCAGGAUAUCAUUCAAAGUGCCUGUGUUCGCAAAAUUACAAUAUCGUCUUUUGGUC